AUGCAUGUCUGGGUGCUGACAUUAAGUAUUCAGUUACAAAGAGCAGAAUGCUUCCAUCAGCAUGCUAUGCUUCCAGUGGCCGCUGUUAAGAUGGAAUAUGAGACCUUUACACUAGUGCUUCCCAAACGUUAUCCACUGUCCCCUCAUCUUGAAGCUAAAACACUGUGCUCUCAGGGAGCAGUGGGCGAGGAAGGAAGGGUGUUCGGCAUGGCAGAAGAGGGCUUGGCAGCGCGCGGAGCAUGCAGCAGCAGGAGCACCAGGGCCUGCAGCGCGGAGGAGAAAGUGGGCCGAGCUAAUCAAGAUUGCGGCUCUAGCAUGUCCAAGGCUCUGCGGGAACGAUGGCUGCUGGAGGGAACUCCAUCAUCGGCAGCAGAGGAGGAUGAGGGAAUGAAGAAACAGCUCCAGGAGGACAAUGACAAAACUAAACAGAUGGAGGAGACCAUCCUGAGGUUGGAGAGGGAGCUUGAAUUACUGGAAAAUGGCGAAAUUGCCAUCUCGAAAGAAAACAGCAUUGAGGAGAAGCUGAAAACUGAGGAGAAGGUUUCUCCAAACAAAGACAGUGAGUUGGCAAAACAUCACAGCAGCCCAUUGGUCAACAAGCCUGAAGGAAGCACGGAGAAGCUGAAAGCUGCGAUGUUUGCGGUGGAAAUUACCGUGGAAAAGGACAAUGUAACAGGAGAGACCAAAGUCCUGUCCACCAGUAGUGUGUCUCCCAAGAACCUCAUGCAGCAAGGGGUCAAGGUCUACGAGGACGACCUCAAGGUGAUCCAUGAGAUGCGCAAAGGUGACGGAGCGGUGGAGAAUGGAGUCCACCUUCUCAGUACCACCGAGGUGGACGAGCUGAUGCAGAAGGCUGACAAGGUGACAGACUACCACAAAGUACUGGCUCCAGAGGGGAAAGGACCUCAUGGCCAGCUCCAGGCUGACAGUCAGACCCCUGAGAAGCUAAAGGCAGAUGGGAUGGCCGGAGAGAACCUUAAAAUCCUUCAGAAAACCCUGGGAGAUGGCGCGGAGCCCAGCAAAGACCAGCCCGUGACCAUGAUCUUCAUGGGCUACCAGGACGUCGAGGAUGAGAACGAGACCAAGAAGGUGCUUGGGUACGACGGAACGGGCAAAGCAGAGCUGGUGGUGAUCGAGGAUGGUGACAGCAAGAGCGAGAGGCCACCAGAGAGCCAGGCCCCUCCAAACGGCACAGCCGCUGCCCAGGGCACCGAGGAGAAGGCAGACGGGAAGGGCAAAGAGGCGGUAGACGAGGUAGAGGAUUUGAAGGAGAAGCAACGCUGUCAGUGCUGCAUUGUGAUGUGAUCAUGUCCUGUCUUAUCCUUCUUAUUGUACAGUCGGAAUGUUAUAUGUUCAUAGUCUUCAGAUGCACUGUAUGUCUUCUAACGUAACACAUGCUUUAAUUGGGGAUGCAAGGAUUGCAGCCAAUCCAUCACAACUUAGCAAAGACCUGCAUUUUCAUUGGCAUUCAGUCGGGGCCUAAAUAAAAGCUGAGAGCUGAUUGGCUGAAUGGUACCCUAAACAUCAUCCUAUGAGUACAGUUGAGGUUCACUGAAUCUACCUUGGCGAUGACAUGAUGGUGCUGUAAUGUCCUGUUACAUAUGUCCACGAGCAAUGUGGGAGCUGUUAUAAAUAAGCCAUGGGCAACCCUUUCUCAAAGCAGAAAGAAAACAAACUCACAAUUGAACCCUUUCCAGUGACACUUAUUCAAGCUGUUGGGCAGGGAGCAGUGUUUAUCUGUGAUCAAAGGUUGGUAAGUCAGCAGACCCAGAGCUCAUCAAUGACUUAAACUAUGUCCUUUAAAAGUAGCCCAUAGAAUCAUAGAAUCCAUACAGUGUGGAAGCAGACCAUUCAGCCCAUCAAGUCCACGCUGACCCACCAAAGAGUAGUCCACCCAGGCCCACCCUAUCCCUUUAACCCUACAUUUCGCAAGGCUAACCCACCUAGCCUAAGUAUCUCUGGGCACUAUGGGCAAUUUCCCAUGGCCAACACAUCUUUGGACCUUCUUUUCUUUCAUUGUCCCUCACCAAAAGUGAACAGUUGGGAGGAGGGACUUAAACAGUUUCAAAAAGGGUAGAGUAGUCAAAUUCAAACAUGAAUAAAGUUCUAAUUUGAAAAUGGACAGAAUGAAGGCCUCACAACCAGAAAGAAAAUGGAUGGGUGGAUUGAAUUAUUUUAGUUCUCUCAAAAUCCGAUUUUAAUUGUGUCAUUUUGUCGUUGGGGCAUAGCGUUACAGUAAUAAAGCCAAGUCUACCAUUAUCUUAGCAUCGACAUUACUGUAAAUGUGUUUUGUAUUUUAGUUAAUCUCAUUAUACUAUUAACCCAGAGACCCCAGUAAUUUUCUGGAUACCCAGGUUUAAAUCCUGCCAUGGCUGAUGGUGGAAUUUGAAUUCAAUAAAAAUCUGGAAUUAGGAACCUACUGAUGGGUCAUGAUGAUCAUUGUGGAUUGUUGGAAAUAACCAUCUGCUUCACUAAGGUCCUUCAGGGAAGGAAAUUGUCAUCCUUACCUGGUCUGGCCUGUGCAUGAUUCCAGACCCACAGCGAUGUGGUCAACACUUAACUGCCCUCAGGGAAAUUAGGGAGGAGUAAUAAAUUCUGGCCUAGCCAUUGACACCCUCAUCCUGUGAAUGAACUAAAAUAACCCUCAACGGAAAACAGACUAAGUCAGCCAAGGGGGAUGUUUCUGGGAAUCUGUUAGUAAUGUAAGGGUUAAAAAAAGACAUAGUAAAAACUCAUGAUAAAACUUUUUCAUCAAAUUCAUUCUUCUGUCAUCUGGUCAACCUGGAAACUGGACUGUACACAAAUUCAUGAUGUUUGGUAUUCGCUUCAUUGCAAUGAGUCCCACCUUCUCUCUUCCAAGUCAUAUCAAUGUGAAUGAGUUCCGUCCUUUAUUGAGCCACAGUGCCGUUGAGUUCGAUCUCUCUACUUCAUGGUAAUAUAUGAUGCCUUAAAUGAUCCGAAUAAGCAAAAAUAAAGUAAUGUCGAUACUGUCGUUUGGUCAUUUUGGAUCGUAACCAGUUUGCCAAAGAGGUUAUGAUGUCUUGCAGAAAACCUGUUGCUGGACAAACAUGGUGGGGUUAAUGGAUAAAUAUUCAGCAUCAUGGAGCAGGGGGACCCCUGCUGUUAAGUAAUGGGCUAGAUUGUUCACAAGAACCCCUGAAACUAGAUUAAUGCUAGUUUUUGUCCGACAUGCCUUUUUUUACUUCUUACUGCUCAAGCCACAGUUUUAGUGAAAUGACACCAGUAAUUCCUCCAGAGACAGGAAUCAUUUGACUGGAUUCCUUCAGAACGUGUACUGCUUAGUCCAUUUUUCCAGAACAUGCAUUGACUAAUCUUUAGCCAAGCACUGAACUCAUAUCUUAGACAUACAAGAUGGUUGACCACUGAAUUUUCAUUAAUUUUGAAUGACUCUGUUAAUCUAUAUAUACUGUCAAUGUUAAAUCAACCUUUGGUUUUUCUACAUUGAGAUUUCGGUCUGAUCAAUGUCAAACUGGCAGCUGAGAUCUUUUAAUCAGCUUGAAAAUUUGUCUGUACAGUUUGGAUUUUCUGAAUCAUUGCAUCCCUAAUUUUGAAACACUUUUGUACAUCACACUUAGUCUUGAACCAGAUCAAUCUAUCCUUUACACUGCCAGUCACCAUGCACUACUCUCAGCGUAUAUGUAUGAUGUGAUACAAUGGGACAAUUUUAUUUUUCUCUGCAUGUUCUGUAGUUCCAAGCUGAUUACAGAUCAUUGUGAAAGCAAUUAACUGAUGGUGUUCUUUGUUAAUCCUACUGCAAUCUGUCUGCAAUUCUUUUUUACAUCUAUCCAAAGGGUUCAAUGAGACUAGAGACCGAUUGUAACACUGCUACUUUGGUGAAGAUUCUCAGUCCACUUUCUGCUCCAGAUGGUAAUUAAAUCAAAUCUGAAUCGACCAUUUAUCUAGAUUCAAGAUUCAAAUACAAGUGAUGUCAUACAAACCUUAGUGAUUCCUCAAUCACUCUAAAUCCAAUCCGGAUUAAAUCUGACCUGUGCAAAUACCCAAACUUGAAUUUACACAGGAGCACCACUUGAAGCUGUGGAACUGAUUGUCCCUGAGCUGAGUUCACUGUGUGAAUGUGUGAGCUGAAGUGCCUGCUUGUUUCUACCUAUGUGUUUUUGUGUUUCUUAGUAUGUGCGUAGUGUGUGUUUGAAUAAAGCUGUUUAUGCAUUUGCCUGUAUGAACGUGCUUGAGUCCACCUGUACUUACCUGUUUAUGUAGACACCUGUGUCUAUGUAAGUGUGUGUGAGAUUUUGUUUGUGUGUGCGAGUUUGCCUGUAAACAGUCUGUCUAGUCUGCUUGUGGUGUGUGUGUGUGUGUGUGUGUGUGUGUGUGUGUACAAGUGUGUACGAGAGUGUGCUUGUGUGAGAGAGAGUAACUCAGAAAUACUGGGAACUCACUUUUCAUUUCUCUCAUGUUCCCGGUCACAUUAUUGUUUCCGUGGUGAUUCCAGGCAUUACCAAAGACUGCACCAAAUGAUGUUGCUACGAAAGUUGUUUUUAUUGUUUUCAUUUAUUGAAAAUGGGAGAAAGCAAGACAAUCAAAUUUCUUUAAAAUGGUUUCCCCAUUUUGUUGGUCUCCAUGAACUAUAAUUGAAAAUGCCCAGCCUAUUAUUGGAGAAAUCAGUAUAUAUAUAUAUAGAUCUAUAAACACAAAUAUCUAUUUUUAAACACAAUGCCUUGGGAAUGGCUUUGGCCCUGUUUAGAUUUCCCUAACCUGGGUAGUGAUGGAUACGAUAGACUCCAUCGUACAUGCGAGCAUGCUCAUUAGAUAAUAAAGCAGUCCCAUUUUAUUCCAUGCAUUCCAGAGGCCUGUGGCACAAGUGAUCUCACAUAAAUUCUUCGGUAUAGCACCUGUGUAAGCGUGAAGUGCACUUGUGCACCAUGUCUGUGAAGUGCUUCCAGAUUUCUGAGACGUUGGGGCUCCAGCUCUCUGUAGCUGAGAGGUAAAAUCAACCAGAGUGCAGAUUCCCUUCAUGUGUCAGGCAUUAGGCUUUGUAACCAAUUUGUGUUCUUUGUUGUUUAGUGCUGUUGGAAACCCUUAGUAAUUUCUUCUGUGUUACACCCGCUUCCAAAAUCCUAUAGCAUAUCAAUGGGUUCUUUGGGGCUUUAAAACACAUUGUCCAAAAGACUAUUUUACAACAUUCAGCCAGAUAAACAGAUUCCUAGUAUUAAAGCAUAUUGGAGCGUGGACAAUGAGUACUUUUGAUUACAAGUUGCGAGUGAUUGUCUAACUUUUAUGUUUAAAAUGCUUUCUGUUUUUUUAAAAACAAAAAAAAUCAGUUCCCAUUGAAAACUUUAGUAAAAGAAAGUUUAAUGCAUAUAUUUUUGUUAUGACAUCUUACAAUUACUAUUAAUUUGUGUUGUGUGCAUACACACAUGCAGUUCACACAAAAACACACAUACGCACACACCCACACACUGUCUCACAUGCACACGCAUGCACGCACACGCACACAAACACACACACACACACACACACAUACAUACACACACACACACACACCUCAAUAUGGUUGUCUGAGGUGUCCAAAUGCUUAUUUGGUAAAACAUAGUCUCUGGAUUCAUACUGGACAAAUUAUACAUGCUGUACAAUGUUUGCUCUAUAUUACAGAAUCUAAACAAAUUCUAUAGGAUGAGUUCAACACCUACAGAAUGUUUUGUUUUGUGUGAGGGAAGUUGUUUGAGGUGUGUGUUACAGUCAAUUCCCCUUUGAAGCAUCUGGCAAUAAGACUUGCUGCCCUAUUCAUCUUGUGCAUGCAGGUACGUUCUCCUUAAGGCUCACUUUCACGAGUGGAUCAUCUUCCAACAACUAACUGAGACAUAAUGUAAUAAAGAGUUUUAACUAGAAGAUCUAAGAACUUGACUAUGUGUACCAUUGAUGUGAAUAAUGACAGUUUACUCCCAUUGAUGCUUAGCCACAAUCUGCCAUACGUAAGAGAAAAACACAAGUAUUAAAUGCCAAUGUUUUAUUAAAAGAUUGGGACUAUAAACAAAUGGAAGGAAAAUUAAUAAGUUAAGUUAUAGAACUUGAAACUGCUCUUGUCACAUGCAUCCAAGUGGAGUUGACUGUAUUUAACUGUUUGGAACAAUGUGAAAUUUAAUAUGCAAAACUGUAAGGUAAUCGAAAAUAAAAUCUAGAUGUGGUUAAA